AUGCGGGCUUAAUGCCAUCCUAAGUACUCUGGUAUCACAAUGUUAUGGAUAAGUUAUUUCUUUAUCAACUACCUAGAUUUAAAACUUUAAGGCACAGCAUUCUCCAAUACUAUUACCUAGAUAACAAAUAUUUUAUUGAUGGCUAUUUUUAUCAGCUUCUAGAGAGACCUUAAGGAUGCCUUUUUUUGGCCGAACAAACAAUCAUUUUAUGGACUAUGGGAAUAUGUAAAAUUGGCAUUACCUUCAUUGUUACUUUGGGGUAUUUCUUCAUGGGCCUUUUAGAUAUAGACAAUUAUGAUUAGUACUGUUUCGAAUGAAUUGGCUGCAGCUCAAUCUAUUAUUCAUAAUAUGAUACUUCCUGUUUACAUGGUAACAUUAGGCUUAACAAUGUCAUCGGCUGCUCUAAUAGGAAAAUCAAUUGGCUCAAACAAUAUUCCUUAAGGUAAAGAUAUCUUAAGAGUUUUGAGUAUGAUUGGAAUUUCUUUGGGAAUAAUGUAAUGGUUUACAAUAUUAGUUUUUGGCAGAAAUCUUGCUUCGUUGUUCACUAGUGAUGAGGAAAUCUAAUAAAUCAUUGGAAAUAUAACCUAUUUAAUAUCUUUGAAUACAUUUUUUGAUUCCAAUAAUUCAUGGCUAGUGGGUGUCAUUAGGGGCCUUGGUAUUAUGAAAUAAGCUGCUGUUGGUGUAUUUGUUUUCUUCUAUUUAGUUGGCCUGCCACUAUAAUGCUAUUUGCUCUUUAGUCUCGAACUUGGUAUUACAGCAAUAUGGGGAGGCAUUUUAGUUUCAUAAAUGCUUUGCACCACUUAUUACAUCUUCCUAAUAUUUUUCCACUCAGAUUGGAAUCAAUUAGCCUAAGAAGCUUUUAAAAGGGCUGAAAAUGAAAAGCUGCGGAGAAAGAAAAAGGAUUUAGCUUUUGAAGAUACAUAGGAACAGAUUUAUCGCAAGAUAUCACCAUCUAAAAAUUAUUAAUCCUGCUGA